AUGGAUGAAGACACGGAUCCUACAGAACCAGCACGUGGUACGCCCACGCACCCGAUUGAGAUCUCCGAUGGAUCUUCCUAUCAUGGUCCGCAGUACCAAGGCCCAGACAGCUUCAUGGCCUUGUUUGAUCAACAUGAGUGGUAUUAUACACCAUCUCAACAAGCAUCGCAGCAGCAGCAACAACAUCCACGAGAUCCUUCCGAGGAUCCCCACUUCGAGGCAGUGACGCCACCGCCUCCCCCAGCUACUCAGCCAGUAAUGCCCGAUCCGCCAAGGCGUAGAAGAUCAGGCGCAAGAAUGUCUACCCGUGGAGGGGAAUUCCACUUUAGCACCCCUCGACAUUCAAGUAGCCAUUAUCCAUCCGUACCGGAGGAAGGGCCUUCAAGCCCAGUUCAAGAGGCGAACUCCGCACCAGUUGCGCCAUCUUCGCCACCAUUUGGGGACGACCGCCCAUUGCCUCCGUACGCAACGGCUUAUAACCCGUUUGAGCCAACGUCGCAAGCUCACUACAACUACAAUUACGAGCGCAACCCAUAUGUGGUAGCGUCAAGAUUCAAGUUACAAAUGGCGGAUCCUAACGGAGUAAACAGCCAUACAAGCGAAGAGGAUUACGAUAAUGCGCAGGUGCAUCUGACCGGCGCCCAACUAAAGGCUCUAAUUGAUAAUGCUGUUCAGGCGGCUCUUGACCGUCAAUACACCGAGUCCAACAGCAGAUGCGGUCCGUUUGAGGACCAUAAGGAGCAAGGAGGCUGA